CACAGGCCAGGAGAAUGGGCACUCUGUCUCCAAGCCUUCUGGAGCUGCUGGGUGAUGCAGACGGAGAGCUGGUUGGCAUGACGCUCUCUGUGUUCACUAAUUUGCUCAAGAGCAAAGACAUGCUGGUAUCCAGCACCACUGCCCCGAAGCUGGCUGAGGCUCUCCUGCUGCUCUUCGACCACGACAACAGCCAUGUGCAGCUGCUCUCCCUUGACCUCUUCUUCAAGGUGAUGGAUUUGGUAGUAGAGGAGGGAAAAAAGCCCCUGAAGUCAGUGGUGUGCCAGAGCCUUCCUGCACUCUUCUUCCACUGCCACGAUGAGAAUCAGCUUGUGGCCGAGGCUUCUCGGGAAAUGCUGCAUUGUGCGGCCGGGUUCCUGAACAGGAGGGAUCUCAAAGAGCUGGUGGAGACAGAGAAGCUGUUGACGUUUGUUGAGGUCUUGCUGGCAGAGGACACGAGCCGAGCGGCCGAGCAGCUGCGCCGGGCCCUGCGCUACCUGGAGAGCCCCCAGGAGCCCCUGCGAGAGGCGGCCAUCAGGUUCAUGGGGAUGGCCGGGCGGCACCUCAGGGGGCAGCCAGGAGAGCUCCAGCUCCUCACUGAGGCCCUUCAAGCCCUGAGGAGAGAUGACAGCCCUUCCCAGAAAAACAUAGUUGUUAAACAGAUAUUCAGUUGGAGAGUUACAGAACUGGCACAGAAGAACCAGCGUUUGUAGAAGACCUGCAAAUGCCAUGGAAGAUGAGAUUGCCUUGAGACCAGAAGAGACCAGCUGGAGCUCCAGGCACAGCUGAUAAUUGGCACAGCUGAGCCUGAGGGAAACUUGCAUGGCUUCAGCCCUCUCCCUGCUUAUAGAUAGCUCCCUCCCUCCAGCCCUCAGACUCUGCCUAUCCCUUCUUUUUCCCCUCCAUUCUCCCUCCCUUUUCACGGCUCUUUCCCUCUAGUCCUCAGAUCCUGCCCUUCCCCUUUUUCCCCACCCAGCUCAUUCCUUUGCUUCUCCUUUCAUUAAUAAACAGUUUGGCUUCUUCA